UUGAGUUCCCUCAUACAAAGGGGAUUAGAGAAUGUGCCCCUGCUGCUCAUGCGGGAGAGUCGGUUUGUACAAACAAAACAAAAAAGUUUGGGCGAGUUUUGCCUGUCUUGUUCUGUAUCUAUUUAUGGAACCCGUGUGCAACGCCGUGGAAUACGCAAAAAAUGGAACUCUUUGUCCACUUACCUCCUCUUUGAGCGGCUACUGGGAAUAGUAGAGGAAAGAUCCACUGGCGAAGUGGCGGAACGGAACAAAGGCGUGUGCUUGUGGAGGCUGUUGACUAUUGUCAGGACCCCUGCGCGGGUGUCGCAGAGGGGAGAGUGAAUGCGAAACCAGGUGUGGGCUCACCUCCAGCCAUGACCUCGGGCAAUGGGAACAAUGCUCCCACUGUGACCGGCAGUACUCCUCAAAAUGGCGAGAAUAAACCACCACAGGCCAUUGUGAAGCCCCAGAUCCUAACGCACGUCAUUGAAGGAUUCGUUAUCCAGGAGGGAGCCGAGCCUUUCCCAGUGGAGAGAGCAUCACUGUUGAUCGAGAAUCUAAAGAAACAGAAACAGCAGCAACAGACCCAUUCAGACUCGGAUAAAGCGGCACACGAAAAUUCAGUAAAUACCGCAGAUUCUGAGAUGGAGGAUCUGUCACAACAAGAGUUAAAAAACCCGGACGAAGAGCCAACCCUUUCCUGUGAGCUGUGUGGCAAAGUAGACUUUGCUUAUAACUUCAAGCGGUCCAAGAGGUUUUGCUCAACUGUUUGUGCGAAGAGGUAUAAUGUUGGGUGUACAAAGCGAAUGGGUCUUUUCCCAAAUCGUCAUUCUACAAUGGAAAAACUGAAAAAGCAAAGGUCCUCCAACACAACACCUGAGGCCAAAAAACUGUCAACCCCCAACACCCAGCAGCACAUGGCCGGCGCUCGCUCUUCUCCACACCUGGGUCGCGGCAGUCAGGGGGAGUCCAGUCAGUGUUCGGACAUGUCCAGCUAUGAGGAGCCCCCCUCACCUCUGUCCGCCGCCAGUUCAGGGGCCCAGAGGCCCCCCGUUAAUGACCGGGGCUCAGAGCACGGGGAGAGGCACGACCACGACCACGAGCUCCCUCUCCUCAACCAGCCCUUCCUGCCCAGUGACCCCGCCAAAUGGAAUGUGGAGGACGUUUACGAGUUCAUCUGCUCCUUGCAAGGUUGCCAGGAGAUAGCGGACGAGUUUCGCUCGCAGGAGAUCGACGGCCAGGCUUUGCUCCUGCUGAAGGAGGACCACCUCAUGAGCACCAUGAACAUAAAGCUGGGGCCUGCACUGAAGAUCUUCGCCCGCAUCAGCAUGCUCAGAGACUCCUAGCCUCUCUCUCUCUCUCUUUCUUGUUCUCUCUUUGGAAGACCUCAGAUGACACAAGCACUCAAAACAAACUGGAAGAGUCCAAAGCCUCUGCACUGAUUGCCUGUUGAAACAUCUCCCCAAGGGCUUUGUAUGGUGAAGAACACUACCACACAUGAGCCACAGGUGAAUACAUCAAUACUGUAUUCGCAGGUCACCAUGGAACUGUUGUCCCCAAGAGAUUUGUCCUGUUUUUAACUGAAGUCAAUAGGGGAAUGGGUGGGUAAGGGGGGGGGACUGUUUCAGGACUAUGAGCCCAAGUGGUUUUGCCCUUUGCAUUGAUGAUGUUGGUAGGGGCAACAGGGUGGGCCAAACCAGUUUAAGGGGAAACAAAUCUGAAAUGUGAAUAGGUGUCAUUUCGGUUUAACUGGAACUGUGAACUCUGCAGCAUACUCAAGAAAAAAAAGUUACUUGUGUUUUUCAGUCCAGUAUGACUGACAUGCUGUUUAAGUGGUCUUUGCCUUGCAACCACCCCAAAGUGUCCCUUUUAAAUCAACUACAAGUAUCAGAAUUACAUUAUAAUGUUUAAGUAAAGGGAUGAACCCUUUAGAAUCCCAACAAUAACUAACUUUGAUUGCUUGUCCCAUUUGUAAUGGUAGUCGAAGAGUUUUAAAAUUGGCCUUGUUCUUCGUAAUCAGUGAUACAAGCUGUGUUUAAGUGAAGUGGUUGUGGCAGAUGUUUUUUAAAGGAGAAUUACUCUUAUCAUGAUGUGCCUAAUAUUUAUCUGAAUGCAUCCCAAAGAUUUCCUCAACCCUAAGCUCACAUUCACCAGCCAAUUCCAUAAACCCCAGAGAGGUUUAUGGGCCAAUCACUCUGCAGGGAUUAUAAAGGUAUAUGUAAAAGGCCUCUCACCUCAUCACAAGUGUUCAGUUUAGAAGACUGGACUUGUGACCAGUAAAUGUACAUAGUGUUGUUAGCUGUUCCUUGUUGCCAGGAUACACAGUGAUACUUACACGCUGGAAAAGGAUUACCAGGUUAGCGUUCCAGAAGCAGAUUCAACAGUGUUUUCUUCUCCACAGUAGUCCAAUGAGUUGGUGUGUUAUGUUGGCAUUGAUAGUUCAGUUGUAUGUACUUGUGUUUGAUGUUGAUCUCACACAUACAAGUAGUAGUUGGCCUGCAGCACCAAAAUGUCAUCAAGCACAUUUAUGUGACAAGUCUCAUUUUGUAUAUGAGGAAUAAAAGGUUUACAUAAAAAUACAA